AUGGCCGCACAUAUACUACUAGACGUGCGCCGUAACGUUUCACCUAUCAAAGACGAUGAGCGGCCCAUUUGCGCACAGUGGCUCCAAUCCGUCGAUUUCCUUGCGCCAGGAAAAGACCAGGACAUCUGGGUUGCAAUCGUUCAGAACUGGGAGGAGUUUCUCAAGACUACAAAGACAAAAAUCAAAGGUUCUGGAGCAUCCCGCCGUUACGUCCAAGGCACGGCUGCUAAAAAGCGGGAAGCGAUCAAGGGCGCAUUUUGGGAACGAAUAGACGGGCUUGAUGGGCUAUCUGAGCGAUGGCCGGUUAAAGCACGAAAGAUUAUCAACCAGGCCGCGGAGGGGUCCGAUGCAGGGCCAUUCGAAUCGCUCGCGGCUAUUUGGGACCUUGAAAAGAGGAGGAGAUAUCAGUCCAUGUGGACAGGCAUGAUAUGUUUCCUCGUGUGGACCACAGAAAACGACAUAGAUGGUCUAACCAAUAUGGGAUUGCAAUUAGACGAAGAGCUGGAAGAAGACAUCGUGGAUAUCGGCCUAGCAGUGGCGCCGGACUCGGAUGUUUUCGGGGACGGCGAGGACCCCAUGGACGCGAUCCAGGGAUUCCUUACCAAGCUCAUAACCCAUGAUUCCGCAACAGCGCGGAACAACCCGUUGCUCUGGUGGACGUCCAUCUUAGUACGGUCGGCGAUUUCGGGCGACGAGGAGGAGGAUUUCAUCAGUAGGGGGACGAUCAGCAUGAACAUAUUGCCGCCGGAUGUGGACAUUAGAAACCGCAUCGAGGCUAUAUGCCACUACAGCAAAGCCCUCAUUCUCGACAAAGCGUUCAUGGGAUGGCGAACAGGUAGGCCUGAACGCGAAGUCUUGGCCGAGGAGAUAGCUCAAGAUUUGAACAAAGUGGACAACGAAUGGCUCAACAAAUAUGGCGGGAAACGGCCGGACGACCGCCUGGACAGCAGAACAUGUGAAUCACGAGCAUGGAAGAUGGUUCUGAAGCAUUUGGAACAGGAAGGGUAUCUCUGGCUGGGGCAGAAAGAGAAGACGACGAUGGGGGAGAUUAGAAGACUUUUGACUUCACUCAGACGAGUGAGUGAUUGA